GUGGAACGUAUGGUUCGGAUCCCCAGUGGUCUUACGUGGUGUGGAUUUCAACCGAACAAUGGGACACAUCCAAGGCUCUCUGCGCUAAUAAUAAAACGACCAACAAACGAAGUCAACUUAUCAAUAAAAUGAAUGUGCAAGCUUUCGUAAAUGAAAACGUUCUCUGAAUUGGUGCAGCAGAAGUGAGUAGCGGCGGCAAUUGGUUCUCGUUAUAUAACUACCAGAAUUGAUCACAAUUUCUUCGCUUUAUAAACAUCUCGAGCUUUAUCAAUGCCAAUGUAAACAAUCUAAUCAUUAUCUCAUCCCGAGGGGUCAUAAAAAAUAUUCGGUGCGGGUCAUUACCCAGAGAGUGCUGAAAGGGUGAAAAUGUUGGUUCUGUGUUUGCUUAUGUUUGCACUGAUUUUUGCGAGAGACAACGUUGGUGGCACCCAGCUGACUUACAUAGUGAGGAAGGAGGGGCAGAGGUUAUUCCCCAUCUGUGUUGGGGAGGGAGAGGACCGAUAUGAAGGUAUUGGGUGGACUUACCCCUUGACAAGGGAUGGAGUAUUGCCUAAAGAAGAACACUAUUAUCUACCAACGAUCAAAAACGACUAUAACUGCAAGUUCUCAAACAAUGAACAUUGUUCCAAAGUGUGGGCCAUGAAGAACUGGGAAAUAGAUACCAAUACAACCAGAAGAUUCGAUUUUAUCUCCGAUGAGAGGUGGCAAGAUUUUCCAAUAUACUAUGUGUCAAACUCAACAAAAGAUUUCAAAGAAAAAAUUGAGAUACCAAAAAUUUUCAAGUUGGGGUUCUCCGUCAGAGCAUCGGAAGAAAUAGAGCUUCUAGUAUGUGAAGGAUGGAAUCCUAAGCAGUAUUCUUGUUAUCAUUUCAACAUAACAACGAAGGAGAUUCAGACCAGCAAACGAACGACCAUGUCGGAAAACGAUAUAGCUAAUGGCCAAGUUUUGGAAUCUUACAAGGCUUUCUCCAAUAUUAUUUCAAGAGACGAAUGGAGGAACUUCGAAAUUGGUAUGGAUGGUGACAAACAGCUAAAACUGAAAGAUAUGAAUCUCAAUCGGACCCUUAUCGAGAAGAAAGAUGAUUAUCCUUUGAAGCCAGCCUAUCUCUUCUUCAAGAGCAAAGGACCAUCUUUGUGGAAAAUUCACCAAAAUGAAUUCUUCUACACAAGAACCUCCCAAAUAUCUAGAUUAGGUCCAAGCCUCAAGCUCAACUCAAAUGAUCUUUGUGUGAAUCUAUACGUUAGCUCUUGUGAUAAUUGCACCACCAUGUUUUUUAUGAUUCAAAACGGUACCAAGACUGUUAUUGAUCAGAAGGAAUUGAGGAAGAGUGGAGAAUGGUCUCUCAUCAGACUGAGUAAGGAAAAUGUGGCAUCGGAUUAUGUUAGCCUUUUCAUACAAACGUCAUACAAAGAUAAGGUUGAACGAAAAAAUGGAUUUUGGGCUAUCGAUGAUAUUAGGGUGUGUCAUAAGAACGAGGUUAAAAUUAACAGUCUGCAGUCACUCCAAGACUUGAAACAAGGGGAUACAGAAGUAUCGUGUCAAAUAUUGGAAAAACCCAACUUGAGGCCUACAAAAAAGAUACUUGAUAGCAUCGAAGAAUUUCCAGCUAUAGAGAGCGAAAGUGAUUCCAAAUCCAUCAAUCUCACGUGGAACAGGGAAACUAAAGAUGGAUUGGAUUAUUUCAUAAGUUAUCAGGCUAACGACAUCUGCACAGACCAUCCACUACCAACGAAAAGGGCAAAAUCGAACGGUUUCAUGGUCACCAAAUCCAACGUUCUCUCGUUGAAAGAUCUAGUCCCUUACACCACUUACAACGUGUCAUUUUCCUCGAUGCUGCAUCUUGAGAAAAAGUUUGUAACGGUGAGCACCAAAGAAUCAUCCUACAUCGGUUUGGAGGAGUUGCCUAAAAGUGUACGAGUGGAAGAUGUCACGGAGACCACAGCCAGAGUGUCGUGGAAUGAGGUGGACUGCGAGGAUAUACGCGGUCGUAUAAUUUACACGCUGGAGUUGACUGACGAAAAAACUAAAAAAGCGACGGAUUUCGGACCCCAGAGCGAGACUUCGAGAGUUUUGACUGGCCUACGACCUUAUACCGAUUACACUUUGGUCAUUGCCACUUCCAGAGGUGUUGCCAAAUCUGUAAAGAAGAACGGGAAUCUGGCGACAACAAUGUUUUUCAGAACGAAACCUGGACUGGCACCUCCACCCAAGAACCUCGAGGUAUAUGCAACCUCCACAUCCACUAUCUCCCUAAGAUACAAUUUACCAGAUCAAUCCACGGGACACCCUGUAGAAGUGCACGUGACGAGAUGCAAUCCUCUUACCCUGAAGAAGUGCAAAACGUUGUUACUGCCUGUAACUCCUUGCAAACUCUUCGUCGGAAAAUAUUGUUUGAAUAUUGAGAAUAUGAUUCCUAACCAGAGGCAGGUAUUGAAGAUAAGUCUGAAGAACGAAGGAUCUCACACGUUUGGCAAAGAAUCUAUUACUGAAGCUUACACAGAAGAAAGAGUUCCUGGACAACCAACCAAUAUUACUUACAGAAUAGUAGAUUGCUCAGUAACAUUCGAGUUUUGCAAUUUGAAUAUAAGUUGGCUUCAUCCAUACGACCAGAAUGGUACCAUCCAGGGUUUCAAUAUUGUUCUGAAUAGUACCGAUCUAACAGGUAGUAAUGAAUCGUUCAAUGAAGAAAUGAAGAUAAGCGACAAAAAUUAUUCUCCAAGGUACACUUAUCAGAUAAGGAAAAUUCCAUACAGCAAGAAGUAUAACCUUUAUAUUCGAUCAUUGAACGAGCAAUAUCAAAGUCAGUUCACCACUCUAACUGUCGUCCAAACUGCAGACCUCGGUGAUCAAAUCGAUCAAACUCCCACCUUGGUGAAAACUCUCGAGGACUCUGUUGAAUUCGAGCUCAAACCAACAGAUCGACGAUUGUCGACUACCAUCACCGUCAUCGUGCAAGAUUUUGACGAGAGCAAAGAAAUCGAUGAGAAAAUAGCGGAACAAGAGAAGCUGGCAGACAAUUUGUGCAUCGAAAAUGGGGAAACUUGGAUUUCACAGAUCGUGAAGAUUUCAGAAGAAACUAAGAAAUUAACUGUUGGAAAAACAGAUCCGUCCGGAAAACCUCUGAAAGCAGCUACAGAGUAUUGUAUAACGUUCUUGGUGGAGAAUGUUUACAAGAAUUCAACGCAUAUGAAUGUAUACCGCGAGAAGUUAACCACUCCACCACAUACAGAAAUUCAACCACCCCAAUCUGCUUCAUCAGGACCUCACUUGUUCAUCAUAGUCAUAAUAGUUAUAAUCGUGCUCAUCGUGAUAGGAUUUUUGAUAGUUUGGUUCUUCAGAAGAAGCAAAACGUCAAGAAAACCAAGAACGAACAAUUUGAAUUCAGAAGAACACGCUUACGAAUCUCUGCCAUUUGAAGACACUAUCGCAAACAAUAAUAUGUACGAUCACUUGGAGCACAAAUAACUAAUGGUACUUACAUGGACGAAACGACCAAUCAAUUGUCAAGAAAAAGUUUGGAAUGAUUAUGCAAAAAAGCUUAUAGACAAUGACUAUAUAAACUAUAUUCAUUUGAAGGUGGUCCAUUUUCUAGGCUAGGUGACCCAUUCUCAGAAAAGAACUGAUUAUUUUAUUUCGUACUCGCUGAAUUAUAACAACUAUUUCAGGUUUGGUUACCCUACCAUCUAUUUCUAUAAAUGGUUUCCAUUAUUUCAAAUGCUUUUCCGAUAUUGUAAGUUUUUAAAACGCUUUUUCAUUUGAUAACUAUCAUCUAUGACGAAUUAUUACUGUUUGUUUUCAUGAUAUACACGGUGUAAAUUCUGAAUAGUUGCAUAAAAACUUAAGGAGGUUGACUUUUCAGAUGCCAUCUUUAGACUGUAUAUCAAAGCAGGGGCUGCUCAAAAAAAUCAUUUGAAAGGCCUCCACUAGUUUUUGACAAGGAAUCAUCCCUUAAAUUUUUUCACAACUAUUCAUUUACACCCUAUAUAAAGAUUAUAUCUCAUUGUUUGAAACAAAUAAACCAAAUAUACAAAUAAUCUCAUAUGUAAUGAAAAACUGUUCUCCAGAGCACAACAAUUACCAUAAUUUUCGAGAAAUGUUCAUGUCAUUGUAUAUUCAACUUGACAACAUUCGAAGCAUAAAACAGUGGACUAGGACUAAUAUAACCAAAGAAUAAUAAUAAUAUUACCGAUAAUGUUAAAAAGAGACUCCCCCAUCAUUUUUGAUAACAUGCUUAUACAUUUGUUAAUGAUACCCUGUAUUGAUGUACUUCAUUUUUGUGUAUUUAUAGACUUAAAUAAUAUCAUUAUUGUGAUUGUGUUCAAUUUCGAUCUUUUUUUUAAUUUGAUUUUUUUAGAAUUUUUAUACGAGACAGUGAAAAGUCUAACCAGGAUGCAAUUUUUGAUAGAAACAAUCGAAUUUUUCUUUUUUUUUUAAUUUUCAUGUAAUAUUUUAUGUUGAAAUAAAUGUUGUAUAUAGAAUGCA